CCGUGCCUGUAAGUGUUUCACUCGUAGGUUCCAAUUCUUUGUUUCCCUCAAGCCCAUCAUGCGUGUCUCGUUCAAUGCCGCCUCUGCCCUUUUGGGUAUGAGCUCCUUCGUUUCUGGAUCGAUCUUGCACAAGCCUGUCGCUGUCGCUGAAAGAGCACUGGAAUAUGUCAUCAAGCCGAAGAUGGUCAUCAUCUCCAUGUUCACCCCCGAGGCAGAGAUCUGGUACGGAAUUCCGGAAUUCAACCUCUUGGCCAGAAACAUCUCCCUUCCCGGUGCCUCUCCCUUGUUCCCUCACGUCCACUGCACAGAGGAUGGAGAUGUCUGCCAGGUCAUCACCGGAGAGAGCGAGAUCAAUGCUGCCGUCACCAUCGCCUCGUUUGUGCGUAGCCCUCGCUUCGACCUGACCACCUCUUACUUCAUGGUUGCUGGUAUUGCUGGCAUCAACCCCGAGGUCGCUACCAUUUGCUCCGUCACCUUCGCUCGUUACGCCGUCCAGGUCGCUCUUCAGCACGAAUUCGACCCUCGCGACAUUCCGGGAAACUUCUCGACCGGAUACAUUCCCCUUGGCGCUACCAGUCCUUCCGAGUACCCUCUCAACAUCUACGGUACCGAGGUCUUCGAGGUUAACCAGGACCUGCAAAAGAUUGCUGCAAACUUCGCCCGCAAGGCUACACUGAACGACUCUGACGCUGCAGUCGCAUACCGCACUCUUUACGCCAACGAUGCCAUUUACGCUGCUGGUGCUUCUGCCAGCGGCCCCAGUGUUGUUGAGUGCGAUGUUGCUACCUCGGAUGUCUACUACUCCGGUCGUCUUCUCGGAGAGGCUUUCGACAAUUUCACCACCCUAAUCACCAAUGGUACCGGCAACUACUGCUCCACCGCCCAGGAGGACAACGCAACUCUUGCCGCCCUCCUCCGCGCUGCCGUCGAGCAACUCGUCGACUACAGCAGAGUCAUCGUCAUGAGAACUGCCUCUGACUUUGACCGUCCUUUCCUCGGUGGCUCGGCCACUUACAACCUCUUCGAGUCCUCUGUCCAAGGCGCUUUCUUGCCCGCCAUCAACAACCUUUACCUUGCUGGUAUCCAAGUCGUCGAGGGUAUCCUCGAUGGCUGGAAUACUACUUUUGCCCAAGGUGUCAACGCCACAAACUACGUUGGUGACAUCUUUGGUACUCUUGGUGGUGAGCCUGACUUUGGUCUCGGCGCUGAGGUCAGUGGUGAUAUCUUCAGCAAGAGAGAUGUCCUUGUCAAGAGAAACACCAAGGGAAGAAGAAACGUUCCUGUUCAUGUCCCCCGUGCUUGAGCUCGUCGUCAAAAGACGGGCUGCGAUGCCGUGUCAAUACACAUAAUGUCUGCUUAAUGGCAAACAAUCGUAAAAUAUGUACAUAUCACAUAAUGUCUACGCCUGACCAUGUUGGCUGGUUGCAUAAUUAAAUAGCGUUGUAAACUUACGUCCGUUCAAAGCCUGACUCAAUGUGAUUAUCUUUUGCUCGCU